AUGUCGCUCAUUCUGAGCGUAGUGACCGCCUCUGCGUUUGCUCCGGCGCCUGCCUUCACGUUCACUCACGUGCCCACUCCCGUGCGGCUGGCGCCGCGGCUAGCGCCGCCGCGUGCGGCGAGGCCGUGCAUGGUUGACUCGUCGGGCAUCGACGGCUGGCCGGAGCUUGCGCAGGCAGCGGUCUUCGUCGGCUCAUAUGCGAGCCUCGGCGCCUGCGCGGUCGGCACAACGCGGCUGUUUGACGCCGCGCGAGAGAGUGCCCUGCCGCUGAUCGCCGGGUCGCGCUCCGCUGCGGCCGAGCUGCAUCGCGAUUUCGUCGCGGCUCUGCCGCUGCUCGGCCUCCUCUAUCUCGCCGCCGGCGUCGGCCACUUUGCCGACGCGGAGGCGUUCCGCGCCAUCUACCCGCCCGUGGGCACGUGGGGCCUCUGGUACCUGCCCGGCUCUGCAGAGUUUCACGUGGCGUGGACGGGCGUCGCAGAGUGUCUCGGCGGCGGCGGGCUGGCGCUCGGCGGCCUGCUCAGCGGGCUCGGCGUCGAGGCGGAGGGGGCGCUUGGCCUGCCGGUCGGGGGGCUGCUGACGGCCGCGUCCGCUGGCGGCCUCUUCCUGCUGACCGUCGCGGUAACUCCAGCCAACAUCUACAUGUUCACGCACGGCGCCGUGAUGAGCGGCCAGGACGCCGGCGCUGCGCUCGGCCUCUCCUUCCACUGCGCGCGCUUUGGCAUCCAGGUCGUCCUGCUGAGUCUGCUUGCGACGCUCGCACGCGACUCGUUCUACUACGCUUGGGGGGACCAGCUGGACUGA